AUGACAGCGGCACAGGCUGCGCAGCAUCAUUUGGGUUUAGGGUUUAGGGUUGGGAUUAUUGCUGUUGCUCUUGCCCUCGCCAAAGGCGAUGGGCCUCUUGUGACUACGACCACGACCACCACGAAAGAUCCCUACAUUGGCGGCUGCAACCCGUUCAAUGCCUCUUACAAUCUCUUCACAAUCACGCUCGCGGGACCCAUCCAAGCAAGCUGCUUCUCGAGCUGGAGACUGCACGAGGUGGAGAUGUUUGAACACGGCGGUUUCAAGUUGUACAAUACUUAUUAUCAUAUCCCUUCCAGAGGGAUCCGAAGUUACUCAGUAAGCGAAGUGAUUGAUGGCGACUCGAACACCUUUGUGAACUUGAACUCUGAUGUGGGCAUUGGCUGUAACUGCUGGAACAGCGACAAGAUUGGCUCCGUAGGCCUCAGGACCAUCAAGCAAAGGUAUUCGGUCGCUCGCAUAAAGCUGACCCAAGGUGGUGAUAGCAACUACUCCGUGUCGCGGAUGAAAAUCCAGUGCGGGAACCGUUAUACGAGUUCGUGUACGAUGAGAACCCGAUGUUCGUAG